AUGGCUAUGAAGAUUACCGUCAUCGCCUUCGUCCUCUUGCUGCUCCACACAAUCAUCUCAUCAGAAUCAGUAUCCUUCAGCUUCGAUUUCAAGGAUGGCGUACCACCCUCCAUAAUCUUACAGGGCGAUGCCGCUCCAUACGCUUCACAGAUCCUUCUCACCAAAACGGAUAUUACAAAUAACCUUUCAAUGCCCCACAGCGCUGGACGAGCUGUGUACUCAACACCGAUCCAUCUCUGGGAUAGUGACACCGGUGAAGUUGCAGAUUUCACCACCAACUUCUCCUUCGCUGUAUCUUCCGGCGGUUCUGACCGUCGCGGCGACGGCUUGACCUUCUUCAUGGAGCCGAUAGAUGCCGCCCUUAGUCUCCCUGCGAAUUCAUCAGGCGGCUUUCUUGGAUUAUUCAGUCCUGACACUGCCUUGAAUUACUCACAAAAUAGCAUAUUAGCCGUAGAGCUAGACAGCUUCGGUAACGAAGAUUGGGACCCUCCAUUUCCUCACGUAGGAAUUGAUUAUAACACUCUUAUGUCAGUGAAUACUGAUCGUUGGCCUAUCGAUGUCGUGCCACCAGGUUCAAUAGGCAAUGCUCGUAUUUCAUAUGAAUAUAAGACCAAAACAAUGAAUGUGUCGAUUGGUUAUCCUGAUGUUCAAACUCCAACGUUUGUGUCACUGUCGCUAAUCUUUGACAUGAAGGAUGUUCUGCCGGAAUAUGUCAGAAUUGGGUUGUCUGCAGCCACUGGGGAUUUCGUUGAGAGCCAUAACAUUUUUUCUUGGUCUUUCCGCACGCUUAUUCCGCGAGAAAGCAGUUCAUGA